GACCCCGGAAGAAACCGCGCUGAUCGAAUCACCGAAAAAUCUUGCCAAGGUAAACCUAAAGAAUCCCUCAGUUCGUUCUCGAUCCAGAUAAUUUUCUCUCCAAUUCCAUUUCUUCGUUGAAAUUGCUUUGACGAUUCUUUCUUCCUCCCCCUAUUUAUGGAAAAAUGGGGGGAUGAGGGAAGCCAGAACCCAGGACCAGGAAAUGUAGAUCUCUGCAAAACCCAUUCCAGUUAUGUGAUUUUUUUUCCUGGAAAGAUGGGAAUAAUGGGGAUGAGAGGCGUUCUCGCUGUCGUGCUGCUGGCGGUUUGUUUGAGCCCACAAGCGGUUUUGGGCAUCAGAUUUGUGAUUGACAGAGAAGAAUGCUUCUCUCAUGAUGUUAAGUACGAUGGAGACACGGUCCAUGUAUCCUUUGUUGUGAUCAAGUCCGAUUCAUCUUGGCGUAACAGCGCUGAGGGAAUUGAUCUUGUGAUCAAGGGGCCUAACGGUGAGCAGAUGCAUGAUUUUCGUGACAAAAUCAGCGAUAAGCACGAGUUUGUGGCUCGUCAAAAAGGAGUCUAUCGUUUUUGCUUCACAAAUAAGUCUCCCUACCAUGAGACGAUAGACUUUGAUAUUCAUGUAGCCCACUUCUCGUACUAUGAGGAGCAUGCAAAGGAUGAGCAUUUGAAGCCUCUGAUACACGAGAUAUCGAGGUUGGAGGAUGCGCUGUACAACAUCCAAUUCGAGCAGCAUUGGCUGGAGGCACAGACUGAACGCCAAGCUUUAAUAAAUGAUGCAAUGGGGCGAAGGGCUGUUCAUAAGGCGUUUUUUGAGUCAGCCGCUAUCGUCGGAGUCAGUAUUCUUCAAGUUUACCUUCUCCGCCGCCUCUUUGAACGAAAGCUUGGUGUCUCUAGGGUCUAGACUCUAGAUGACUGCCGACAUGAUGUACACUUCGAAAUGUGCUCUAGUUACUCAUCAUGUUGUUGGACUCUCUUUUGCAUUGCUUAGCGAGAAGAACAAAACUUUGUAUACUAGAAUCAUUUGAUCACAAUCUUAAGUUAUACUGGAAAUAACUUCAAAAUUGCUUCACCUCUUACUGAGACAAAGUCCCAUCAGUUUUUCACCAGCAGCAUGUUUAGAUAUCUCAUACUAGUCAUGAAGUGAUCAAACCGUGCAGGCUUUCGAGCCAAAAUACAAGUAGUCACUAACUAGGCUGAUGUGAUGAACAAAUAUUAUGAAAUACUUGUUCUGGCCAGUUUGGCCGUUAUA